AUGACGUCACUCAGGCAUGAGAAAGCGGCCAUGGUGGGAUGUUCUGUGGACGAGGUAGGAUUGAAGCAAGCUUAUAAAAUAUUGUUAAGAAUUGUAUUUCGUUUACAAUUUGUGUGCACCCUUUGAUAUACCAGAAGAGUGAGCUACAAUCUUGGACAAAACUGUUGAGAAAAUUGUAUACUUGGACAGCAUUUUUCUAAACAUCGAAGCUGUACCGGUUCUUCCCUCUCCCCCUUCCCCUGAAAGCCAUGUUGUUGUGUAUUCAAAAGAAAGCCUGAUCCCUGGACGAUUGUGGGAAGCAACAUUGAAUUGGGGGAAGGGGUUUUCUUUCCACAAAGGCGUCGUUUUGGAAAUAGUUUUGUUGCGUAGGAAAGUGGACAUGAUGGGGAAAACUUUCUCAAGCAGUUUUGUCCGGGAUUGUAUUUGACUGGGAAAGGCGAUUUGCAGCCUUUAACGCAGCCAAAUAAGCCUGUGCUUUAUAAAUGUAGUACAUUUCAAAGAAAAUAGAUAAUUAAUGCAAAGUGAGGGAAAACAGAGGCGUUUAUGAUAAGAAAAUCAAUUGGUAUGUCUUACUUGAUUGGAGUGGUCAGUCAAGAACGUUUGUGAAACUCAUUUUCCAUGCAAGGUUUUUACGCGCGCUUUGAGUGAAGAGCGGUGGGCAUACAUUGCGCUUUUCGAGGACGCGUCAAGCAGAUUAGCCAGAAAACGGGAAUUUCACCCACUACGAUUCGAUCAACAAAUAACACAUGAAACUUUUGCUGAAUUUUCAGAGCGCGUGACCCGACAACUUUGAAUAAUUUUCCCACCGCCGAAGUAGUCAAUGGGCAAGCACUUGCAAUGAAUAAAAGCAUGAAAUGGAGAGAGGAUUAAAUAUUUACAAAAGCUGCAUUUUUACUUUUCACAUUUGAAGGCUUACUUUUGAAAUUGUAGCGAUAUCCAGUGCAAAAAAAUACACUAUGAAAUCUAGAAAUGUCACGCGCGAUAACGUGACGAGAUGUACUAUUGCGUGACCUGUAAAAGUGCACGUUCUGUCUUCGGGUUACAUAUGACUGGAAAAAUUAAGACCUAAAUUGAUAAUUUGUAAACCAGGGCAUGAUAAAAGUUGCCAUAGUUGACUUCUGAUCUUUUUCUCUCCACAAUAUCUGCAAGUCGGAACGAUUAACAGGACAUUUUUGAGCGGCUGCGAAGAUUAGCAACGGUUAACAACGAUUAACAGGGAAGUUUAAUAAGAAUCAGAAGGUCAUUCUCUAUUGAAAACGAAAUGGUGUUAACCGUUUCAAUGCUUUGUUAAUCGUAAUAUUAUUCUAUCCAUGGAAUUAUCAUAAAACGUUAACCGACUUUUAACAAACAAAGUUUCUGUAAAACCCAUAGUUUAACCAAUUAUAAGCUGUGAGAAGCAAUUUCCACGUGAUGGGAAACGUUUCCAUAUCGCACGGACUAUUAAGUCCCUAAAUAAACACUAGGAACUCCUUUUCUUCGAAGAGAACCGUCAUACAAGUCUUGUUCAGACUCUUCUGAAAAAGAUAAAUUACUUUUCACAUUUUCCGAGCCUUCCAUUCAGGAACUACAGUAAAAUAUGUAACAAUUAGCACGCGUUGUACGGCUAUUGCGAAGUCUGACUGUUUUAAAGUGGGUGCUGCAAAAAACGUAUAUGAGGUCGUGCUUUUCUAUGAGAAGAUGGUCUGGCGUGAAACUUUGUGCUCAAAACAGCUUCUGUAAAGUGCUUUUUAUUAGCAUGUUUUUGUUUUGUACUUGCAAAUAUUCUUGCGAGAAAACGCGAAUCACCUUGUACACAAUCUUGGACAAAACUGUUGAGAAAAUUGGAUACUUGGACAGCAUUUUUCUAAACAUCGAAGCUGUACCGGUUCUUCCCUCUCCCCCUUCCCCUGAAAGCAAUGUUGUUGUGUAUUCAAAAGAAAGCCUGAUCCCUGGACGAUUGUGGGAAGCAACAUUGAAUUGGGGGAAGGGGUUUUCUUUCCACAAAGGCGUCGUUUUGGAAAUAGUUUUGUUGCGUAGGAAAGUGGACAUGAUGGGGAAAACUUUCUCAAGCAGUUUUGUCCGGGAUUGUAUUUGACUGGAUAACUUUGCUUUACUUGAGGUUGUGUCAAGUGAAGGCUUAUUGUCCGAGCGGUUAACACCUCGAUCAGGAGGUCUGGGUUCAAGCCUUGCCGUCGCGUUGUUUCCUUAGACAAGAAACUUUGCUUUAUUGUCUUUUUUCAUCCUGGUGUAUGAAUAGGUACCGGCAACGUAUUCAAAAAGUGGAAAAGCAAGGCUUACUUUACAACUUUGAGUUUGUUUAAGGUUUUCAAUUCAGUCAAUAUUUCUUCAGGUAAGGGCCUUACGGAAUGACUAACUGCAAGAAAGUUCGUCAAGGAACAAAGGGAUGUAUGAUAACAAUGAGACCUUUAAAAUUCAUACGUAUCUUGUCAAGGUUUAUCAAGAGACGCGAAGAAUUGUAAAGUGCGCAAAACAAACGUUUACAGUGAGUUUAAGAAGUGGCUGGCCUGGAUACCUUGUUGGGCCUUGUUAGGCCUAAUUAACGUCUAUGGUUAUGGUCUAUAUAAGGAGGCUUUCCCCGAAAGCUAAGCGAUCCUCCUAACACUCUACCUUGGCUACCCACAGAUUAGGAGUUCAGCGAUUUCUCUUAAUCAAAUAAGAAUUGCGACAAACACUAACUAAAGGUGUUCAGUGGGAUCAACAAGGGUCUGCUGAGACAGGCUAUAGCACAGGGUUAACCAACUCCACGCGAAAAUCGUGAGUCCCGUACUUGCUGCCCAUUAAUUUGCAUCGAUUGCUUCUUGCUUCUCCUGCAAAUGAUAUUGUUGUCCGAACGAUUACAGCUCAAGGAGUCACACCUCUCCGGGGAUGGUAACCCGCCAGCGUGUUACGUUUCUGUGUACUGUGUGCUUUAUUGACGUCCGGUUCGCUCAAUUGGAUAAGUGCCGGUCUGCCGGGGGGGAGGCCGCUGCCUCAGGCUUCGCACAGUGUUGAAAAGUCCUAGAAUUUUCUUCAAGUGNCUUCUCCUGCAAAUGAUAUUGUUGUCCGAACGAUUACAGCUCAAGGAGUCACACCUCUCCGGGGAUGGUAACCCGCCAGCGUGUUACGUUUCUGUGUACUGUGUGCUUUAUUGACGUCCGGUUCGCUCAAUUGGAUAAGUGCCGGUCUGCCGGGGGGGAGGCCGCUGCCUCAGGCUUCGCACAGUGUUGAAAAGUCCUAGAAUUUUCUUCAAGUGGCCUUGAAAUUGUUUUUUUAUUAUUUUUGGUUUUCCAAUAUAGAAUAUAAAUCAUAGCUCAAAGAAUUUAAAGGUUAUUUACAUAAAGUGCUCUAUGUUUUAUGUAAUAAUUAACUAUCAAUUUAAGACAAGUGAACUGAAAAAUGUAGAGAAGUUGGUGAAGCAAACAGUUCAAACCUUAAAGUCUUGUUAGAAUAGACUGGGAAUGUGCAUUUUUGUACAGUCUGUGAAAUUAUAUUCCUAGUAGGUGGUCCUUGAAGAUCUAAUGUGGCUCCUUGAAAAGUCGCCUUUGUAAAGACACACGUAUGCCAACGGUUAGACUUUCUAGUCUAUUCAGAUAAGGAUGAUAAACCGUACGCCCCGUCUCACAACCCUUGCACAUAUAAAUUCUGUGGGACAUUAAAGAACCCACUCACUGUUCGUUGAGAGUAGGGGGCGUAGUCCCUGGUGUGGUGGUAUCUCUCUCUCUCGUGAGGCGAGCGACUGUUACGGGGCCGCAGUAAUUGGCGCUACGCGCUCUUGCGAUGACCCUGCCAAGAGUUGGAGAACCUAAAUAAAUUGGUUCUCUUUUUCAGACAAUCUAGGUACGGUGCGUUCCUCGAUACCAACGAUUGAUACAACUUCGUUUUACUAUUCUAUACGAAUGACUUCAGGUUGAACUCCGCUGUUCUCUGGCAAAAUCGUACUUAUCACGUGAUGAGAAUGUCAGCGAUUCCGAGCAAGGCCUGGUGAUAAGCGGACUGUAUUUAGAAGGUGCGUCUAUGGAUCUGGAUAAAGAGUUCCUUGUGGAACCAACGUGAGUAUAGUGAGCUAGUUGCGCAUAUUAGGGAGAUUUUUAAGAGUCACGUUCGCGGCAAACGGCAAACGUCAGAUUCAAGUUGAGAAUUCCUCAAAAUAGAAAAUAAGUAGAUAAAAGCUGUCCAGAACAAUUCUUAUGGAUAAAACUGGCGUGAAAAUAUUAAUUUUGAGUAGAAGUAACAAACAGUUAACGAUAACUAAGGGGAAAACUUGGUCACGAGGAACAAAUUCACGUUUGCCGUUGGGGGUACACGUGAAUUUUACUCUCGGCUAUUCUCUUAUUUUGAACUGUUGUUACAGUCGAGCCAGGUCAAGCGUACCCCCCUCCCCCAAAGAUUUUAUUAAUAAACUUAUUAUUCUACAGUUGAAUCAGAUUCAUCCCUGCAUUGGUAGUUGUACAUUUUAGGUUCAUCUCUGCAUUCUUUCAUACGCAAUGAGCAUCGACUCUCACAGGUGAGGUAAUCAUGAAAUUUCUGCCUGCUCAGUUUUCUUGAAUUUCGUGUAAAUCUUCAAAGUAGUUUUAUCAAUAUACCAUUUUCCAUAGAUUAAAAUUCAUACAUGGCUCCCAGGCUUGGGGGAGUAAAACAAAAGAAGUCAUCUUGAGGCUGAGCAACCAAUAAUACAUUUCGUUUGUUUCAUUCCCGCAAGCUUCGGAGCCAAGUAUGAAUUUCAAUAUCUCGAAAAUGGUCUAUUCAAGAAGUUUUCAAUCUGGCCGAAUACAGCCUAAGAGUAUCGUAAAAAAUUCACUUCUGAUUGCAUAUGCAGGAAUGCAGAUUUGAAUUUAUACCGGUUGUGGCAACGACUGUUUCAUUUUUCAAAUAAUCGAUCAUUUAUUGGGGGUACGCUUGACCUGGCCUGACUGUGAGUCUUGAAAACCCUCUUAGAAGUUUUAUUACGAGAUGGCGUUUGCCUGUUAUCAGAAUAUAAGGGAGCUAAAGCAAUGUCGUUUUUGAGCGACGCACGUCAACCGGAAGUGAGGGCAUUUUCCUUCCGCCUCAAAAUGCAAAAAGUCUACUUCCGGUUGACAUGCGUCGCUUCAAGCUCCCUAUUUUCGAAUCUUCCUCGUAGGUUGUCAAAAAAUGAUGGCAAGUGAUUAGUUCCCUCUUGGCUUUUGUCGUUGGUCAAACUAUAGUUCUUGUGGAUCAAUCGAGGUUUCUGGCGAACUGAUCAGCUACUUAACACCUACUUCUCACUUAGGGCAAAAUUGUGACUUAGGGGAGGGGUAGGUGGAAUUAAUCCGUUCUUUCUUUCUCUUAAUCAGGUCGGCCAUAUCACAGUUACCAGACCUUUUUGUGUCUGCCGUCAUCCCUGAAGAAGAGGAGCCUAGGCCCGAGGACAGGAACGAGGCAGACGAUUUGGAUGUUUACCGCUGUCCUGUAUUUAUGAAUAGAGUGAGUUUUGAUGUUUUCCUCUAGUUGGUCCGGUACGAGCAUGGGGGCCCUGUUUUCGUUUUUACCUUCUAAUUCUGCGAUUGGUUUCCAAGCCUCUACACGGGGAUAUAAAAUGCGGUAAAACUUUCCUUCCUAUUCCUGAUUAGAUGUUUCAUCUGUUUCUGCUUCGCCAAAUCAGGUUAUUUUGAAUCUGUGUGCUUUAAAAAUGUAGCACGUCUUGUAAAAAUCUUAAGAAAACCAGCUGACGUGAACACAUCCUUAACUUUCAGACUGAUGGAGUAUUCAAAAAACUAUAGAGUGUCACGGUGACGGUAGACCGAUUAGGGGUUCCAAUGUUCCAGUGGAACAUCCCCACCAACAUUUUCCAGAAGUGUCCCUAGUGGCUCUAGCUACCCUGAUAUCUAGACUUAAGGCUCCAAAGCGCCGUGUUGAGCUUGAUAGAAGCUGGAUUUUUUUUAGUUCCUUUUCUACUAAUGGGUUUCCGUUUUAAUGUUGUUGGUGUACAACGAAAAAGUGAUAUGAAGGCGUCAGUAAUGGCCUCUUGGUUUAAGAGACUUCAAGUUAGAGUUCUGCGGGCCUUUCCCACCGUGGUUCGAAGGGAACUUUGCUGUAGAGUUAUCCCUUUACUGCUGAGUAUAUCCCGUUAAUGGUGGUCUAAUUGUUUGUGUCUGGUUUAUUAUGUCGUGUGGUUUGAACUGGUGUAGGUGGACGCAGUUUCUUCAGUGUCAAGCUUAACAGUUGGUGAUUGUCAAGUAUGUAAUUAGAACCGAAUCAAAUCGUAUUUGUGAUGUUUUCUUGGUCAUUUCACAGGCUCGACAAUGUUGUUCGUUCACUUUACCGAUGAAAUGUUCCAAGACCGCGGAUCACUGGGUUCUAGCUGGUGUUGCCAUAGUGUUGGAUAUAGGAGACGCGUCCAACUCUUGGAAGCUGGUACCGAGCAAUUUUAAGCAGUGA